AUGGAAAACUGCAAUUGCGCUCCAAGAUCGGUGCUAAUCUUCCUCCUCAUACUCAUCAUCCUCUUCAUCACCAUCCUCAUCCUUGCAUUCACAGUCUUCAAGCCUAAAGACCCAACAAUUGAAAUCCUCUCCUCCACCGUCGACGGCAUCUCACCACGAUUUCAACUUCCCCAAUUCAAAGUCGAACUCAAUAUCACUCUAAACCUCCAGAUCCUCGUCCACAACCCAAACCAAGCCAGCUUCAAGCACGGUAUUGGCGGCGCCGCCCUCGUCUACUACCACGGCACUCAGGUUGGAGUGGCUGAGAUCCCUCCUGGCACCGCCCCUGCAAACGGAUAUGAAACUCUUGAUUCCAAGGUAACCCUUGAGGCCGAUCAAUUCAAGUCUCAGAUUGGUGAACUUAUUAAGGAUGUGAUGGCAGGAGAAAUUGAGGUUGAGGCAAAGGCUACUGUCCCUGGACGGGUGAAGUUCUUUGGGAUUUUUCACAAACACGUAGUUAGUGUUUCGAAUUGCUGGAUUGUAAUUGGUGUCACCGACCUCAAGAUCCGCCGACAGGAAUGCAAUUACGGAAUCAAAUUUUAG